AUGCGUUAUUGCGUUACUAGAAAAGUAACGCAAAAAAGCGUUAAAGUAACGCAAGUAACGCUGCAAUCAAAUCCUAAUCCAUUUCGCAAAGCUAUAUCUGAUGGACUUGUGGAGGAUCAUGUAGCACAAAUUAAUUUAGAACUAGAACAUUUGAGACAUCCAUCAUUAAUCGCGAUAAUUAAGAUUGCGGCGUUAUUCAAUAAGAAAGGCGCAUACAAAGCAUGCAGUAACAUAAAUCCGUUGAGAAGAGGUUGUAAUGCUGGAUUGACUUGUAUGAAGUCACCUCUAUGUGGUACAAAAAGAUUGGGAUUAUCAAGAAAAAGAUGUUGUGUACCAACAGGAGCUGGAGCAGGUGGUGAUGAAGAAUAG